GAUUCCAAAAAAAAAAAAAACAUUGCAAACAUUUGCAAUAUUUCAACAUUUCUCUGUAAAUAUACAUUUUAAUCAAGAAAAUACUGUUGAUUUUGAUGAAAGUACACAAAUAAUACAACAAAGAAUAAAAUUUCCCCUGCUUUGAAUAAUUAACUUAAUUAUAUUUGGGGAUCAAAGUCAUUGCAAGAGGAUUGAUUUGCACAGCAUAGCAGCAGCAACAACAACAACAACAUGGGUGUCCCGAAAUUCUUUCGUUACAUUAGUGAAAGGUAUCCUUGCCUUAGUGAAUUGGCCCGCGAACAAUGCGUUCCAGAUUUUGACAAUUUAUAUUUGGAUAUGAAUGGAAUCAUACACAAUUGCUCACAUCCGGAUGACACGAACAUUCAUUUCAAUAUCACUGAAGAAGAAAUGUUCAAGGAUAUUUUCAAUUACAUUGACAAACUCUUCUUUCUAAUUAAGCCACAAAAGUUGUUCUUUAUGGCAAUUGAUGGUGUUGCACCACGUGCAAAAAUGAAUCAACAACGUAGCAGACGCUUUCGUUCAGCCAAGGAAGCUGAGACAUUGGAGAAAUUAGCAUUAAGUCGCGGUGAGGUGCGAGAACAUGAACGUUUCGAUAGUAAUUGUAUUACACCGGGCACCGAAUUCAUGGAUCGUUUACAUGAGGCACUGCGAUAUUUUAUAAAGAGUAAGAUAAGUGCUGAUCCACUGUGGCAAAAAUGCAGAGUUAUUUUGAGUGGCCACAAUGCUCCCGGCGAAGGAGAACACAAAAUCAUGGAUUAUAUACGUUAUUUGAAAUCACAAAAUGAUUUCGAUCCCAAUACAAGGCAUUGCCUGUACGGUCUUGAUGCUGAUUUAAUUAUAUUGGGCUUGUGUACCCAUGAAUUGCAUUUUGUUGUGCUUCGCGAAGAAGUAAAAUUCGGCAAAAAGAAUAAAAAAGCCUCUGUGGAAGAGACACGUUUCUUUCUACUACACUUAGGUCUUCUAAGAGAGUAUUUGGAACUGGAAUUUGAUGAAUUAAAACAGUAUCCAGAUUUUGAUAUAGCCAAAUUAAUUGAUGAUUGGGUAUUGAUGGGAUUUCUUGUGGGCAAUGAUUUUAUACCACAUUUGCCAUGUCUAAAUAUUUCGUCAAAUGCAUUACCUUUGCUAUAUAAUACCUAUAAAAAGGUCUAUCCCUCUCUGGGUGGCAACAUCAAUGAGAAUGGCAAACUAAAUUUGGAACGUUUAGAGAAGUACUUUGAGGUAUUGGCCGAAGUGGAAUUUGAAAAUUUCCAAGAGAAUUAUGCCGAUUUAAAAUACUUUGAGGCGAAACAAUCAAAGAAUGGCAUCGAUGAAGCAUUUGAUUUCGAUGUUAGUGAAAUAAAUAAUGAGAAAGUGGAUGACGAUUUGGCAGCAUUAAUUGAAAGCAGCAAACAAUUCAUGGAUGACGAUGAAGAUUUGUCGGAUGAAGAUGGUCAACAUAUAAAUGAAGAAUUUGAAAAUUAUAAACGUAAUUAUUACAUGAAUAAAUUGAAUCAAGAAAAUUCUGAUAGCGAAUACAAAAAAGAGCAGGCGAUAUGCUACAUAACAGCGUUACAAUGGAUCUUGGACUACUAUUAUCGUGGUGUUCGCUCAUGGGGAUGGUAUUAUCCCCAUCAUUAUGCUCCAUUUAUAAGUGAUUUAAAAAAUUUCAAGGAUCAUGUGAUUAAAUUUGAUUUGGGCAAACCCUUUUUGCCAUUUCAACAGUUAUUGGCAGUUUUACCGGCAGCUAGCAAACAACUAUUGCCCUCUGCAUAUAGAGAUCUAAUGACCAAUCCUUCCAGUGAACUAAUCGAAUUUUAUCCCGAAGACUUUAAAACUGAUCUCAAUGGCAAAAUAAACGAAUGGGAAGCAGUGGUACUUAUACCAUUCAUAGAUGAGAAACGGCUGUUACAAGCCAUGGAAAUAUGUGACCAACAAUUAUCAGCCAGUGAACGUAAACGUAAUCAACAUGGUCCAAUGUUACAGUACGAUUAUACACCUGAAUCUCAAGGCCAAUGUCCAGGCAUUUACUCCCUGAAACCUGUGUACAAUGUUUUCUGCACUGAGAAACCAUUUUGGUCAAGAGAUAUUACUGUGGCCACUGAUAAGACUGUUUGUGUGGAACUACCAAAUGCUGCGCGGCAUGUUUUCUUUCCUGGUUUUCCAACUAUGAAACAUUUAGAAUAUAAGUUUGAAAUAAGAGGUGCACGUGUCAAGGUCUUUGACUAUCCUAGUCGUAAUGAAAAUAUGAUCCUACAACCCCAGCCACGUAAAAACUUUGAUGACAUAUUCACGGUAGCCGAGCAAAUGUUAAAUCAAACCGUAUAUAUUGGUUGGCCACAUUUGGUUAAAUCCAAAGUUGUUGGCAUUUCAAACAGGGAGAAAUACAUUGAUGUUGAUGGCAUUAAAGACAUGGAUCCAAAAAGAUUUGACUUGCACACCAAGGCGGUGAGGGAGCACUUAACAACACGCAUGGGUAUUGAAUAUCCUGAUCUCUCAGUACUUGUGCAUGUACGCACCUAUAUUGGUUCAUCGUAUAUCUGUGGCAGCCAAGGCAAGGUGACCUUAAACGAAAUGUGGAGUCCCACCACCACGGCUUAUCCCGCCCAUGGCGUUGUAUCACAAAUUGCCGUACAAAACACUUUGUCAAAUCAAGUUAAGAAAAUCGAACAACUUUUUCCAGAGAAUAGUCGGAUAUUUUUUGUUGGCAAUCCCUAUUAUGGCAGUGAGGGUGUGGUUAUGAAUCCAUUGUUGGUUUAUGAAUGCGGAAGGUUAAAGGUGAAUAUAACCGUUCUGCCCGAGCCAAAUUUCUCCGAAGCCAAAUACAUGCAAAGUCAAUUGGAAAAAGAUUACAUUAACUCAUAUCAGGCAGCCUCACAAAUUGGCAUACAAAUUAAAUGUUUGGCCCGUUUGACUGGCCCAGUUUUGGUGGUGAAAGGUGCACGCCGACCAAAAUCAGAUCUUCCCGAUAAUCUUGCCAAAAUCAACAUUGGUUUACAGUUCAAAUAUUUCAAAUCGCAAGAAGAGCUGGUUGGUUACACCCGGCGCAUGGACAAUAAAUGGUUUAUGUCAUCAAAGGCCAUCAAAUUAAUUGAGGAUUAUAUUGAAAGAUUCCCAAUGGUCAUUGAAUAUCUAAGCAGUACCUCUGAACGUAGUGAGCUAUUGUUUGAAGAGGACAUAUUCCCCAAAGAAGUGGGUUCGGGGAAAUUAGAAGAGAUUGCAGCAUGGCUUAAGGAACAGCCACACAUGAAGGCGGAAAAAAUAGCUUGCGGCUCAAAGACAAUGGAAAAGGAGGCUGUGGAAAAGGUCUUGGAAGCAAUUGAAGAAUUGAAGACUUUGCCCGUAAAGACUGUGAAAUUACAAGUUAAGCCACAUCUCUUGUUGAAACCAGAUGUCAGCUUGCCCAGCCAUUAUAAACCAAAAAGAUCUAUACAAUUAUUCGAUCGGGUUGUUGUGGUUAAAACCACAUAUAUGGUUCCUCUCGGUGCCAAAGGCACGGUUAUUGGUAUUUAUCCGGUAAGUGAUCCCAAUCCGGUUCGAUUGGAAUGUGUCAAGGCUGUGGAUAAUUUCUAUGAAGUAUUAUUCGACAAACAUUUGCCGAAUGGCCAUGAUGUACAUGGCAUUGCUGCACAAAGAGUAUAUAAAGUUCCAGAAUCUUCCGUCCUUUUAAUAUUUACUCAAGGUAACAACAAUGAACAAUUUUACGAGGCCAAAUUGCAAUUGGAGGAAAGUCGAAAUAAUUCAUCCAUGAAACAAGGGGCCAUAAAUCAACAAUCUGUAAAUAAUUCAAACACAAAUGUUUUGGCCAAUCAGCAGGAUGUAAAAACACCACAAGUUGUACAAAAAGGCAGCAAUGAUUUUUGGAUGCCAUCUGCAAAUACCAAAGUAAAACAUACUGUUGGUGGUGGUAAUGGCGGCGGCGCAGUUUCGAAUAACAACACAGCGGAUUUCUUUAUGGCCAACACACCAAAAUCUCCAAAUGUGCCGAUAAGGAUUUUACAAAACCCUCCAAAUCUGUCCAUGAAUUUCAACGCAUCUGGACCAACGACAUCUUCGGCAAUUGUUCAAGACGGUCAAGAUGAUGGAACACAUGCCUUAAAAUCGUUAUUAGGAUUAGCAGCGGGAAGCCAGCAAACAACGGCGUCAUCAUCGCCAAUUGCUGUAUGUAAGCCACAAUUGCCACAACCUCCGACAAGCUGGAGAUCGGAUGCUCAACGAUUGCCUGCAACAAAUAGUUUUCCACGUUUGCCCUUUCCACAGGCGCCGUUUAGUACAACGAAUGCUCCCAUGGCUGUUAUAGGUGGCACCGUAGUACCAUUACCCACACCGAGUCAAAUGGCUGGACCUCCACAGGUUGGUUUUCCCAACUUAUCUCCUGUCGCUCAACAACAACAACCCCCUCAGGUGUAUCCACAAAGCCAGAAUCCAGCACAAAUGUUUGCUUCAAAUAGCCUAAAUCAAAAGGGUGCGUUUAUACCUCUACAGGUUGCACGAAAGUCCACCACACCAUCAUCUCCAAACAAUUUAAAUACAAAUACGGAAACAGCUGAUGCCGUCGUAACGCAAAAUUUUUCUCAAUUAUCUGUAACUGCCAAUAAUGCAUGUGAUGGGAAUACCUCAAACCAAGCUCAAACCAUGGGCACUGUAGAUACAAACGAGAAAAAGACCACCUAUGCCCGCAAGAAGCCACCACGUGUUCCAAAAAUUGGAGCCAAAUUUGAUUAUGCCUAUUAAUCGGAAGUAGAUGGAAAUGGAGAAAAAAAUCAAUUCAAUUUUAAUUCAUCAUUUUAUUAUUUGAUUGCUUACAAGUCAUAAGUCUAAAUGUACAUUGUAGCACUGAUGUUUAUAGGAAAGAAAAUCAACAAAAAAAUUAUAUGAUACCAGAUCAUUGUUUAUAAAUCGUCGUAGAGCAUGAACAUAUAAAUAAAUAAAUUAUUUAUUGUUGUUGUCUACUGCCUAGAAGAAAAAAAAAAACAAAACACACUUCGUUUUGUGGACACAUUUUAAAUCCUAGAGAACAUUAUUAAAUUAAAAUCGUCUUUUUUGGUCUGAAUUUCAAA